CCUAUCAAAAGUGGAUCCGCAUGCAAUCCCACUUCGCAGAACCGUCUCCGUGAUCCCAUUCGAUUACCCGUUAGAAACCGGCAUCCACUUAAAGUGAAUUCCAUCCUGUUCCUGCGGACCAUCACACCGCACGCAUGACGUCCCAACGCAUUCCCAAUGCCUAUAAAACUUUUGGAGCCCAAAAGAGGCGAAGAAGGCGAGACCAAGUGAGAGAAAGAGGGUAACGUCGUCGUCUUCUCUGUCACUCUCUUAACGUCAUCGGUCUCAUCCUUCCUCUCUUCCUUCUCGUCCCAUUCCCAUGUCCGUCCGCAAAAAGCCCCUCCUCAAACCCUUCUUCGUCCUCCUCCUCUUCCUCUCCUUCCUCCUCUUCUUCCACCUCUACCUACAAUCAAAGAAAACCCCGAUCUCCUCCGCCAUCGUCCCCUCCUCCACCGCCGCGCUCAUCCGCAUCCGACCGGGCUUCCGCUCCUACGACGACUACAUCAAGCUGCAACUGAACAAGACCCUCAACCCCCGGCUCCGCCACUUGUGGGCGACCCGCGACUGGGACCGCAAGAUCCGCGUAUUCUCUCGGUUCUUCGCCGACCUGGCCGCCGAGGGCCUCCUCUCCAACGCCUCCGCGGCGCUCUGCGUCGGGGCCCGCCUAGGGCAGGAGGUGGCGGCGCUGCGAGGGCUGGGCGUGGGGGGCGCGCUGGGGAUGGACCUGGUGCCGGCACCGCCGCUGGUGGUGGCCGGCGACUUCCACGCGCAACCCUUCCCGGACGAGUCCUUCGACUUCGAGUUCUCCAACGUGUUCGACCACGCGCUGUACCCGGAGCGGUUCGCGGCGGAGGUGGAGCGAACGCUGCGGCCGGGUGGGGUGGCGGUGUUGCAUCUGGCGGUGCACCGCCGCGGCGACAAGUACUCCGCCAACGACCUCCUCGGGGGGGUCGAUGGCCUCGUCGCCCUCUUCAACCACUCCGAGGUGGUCCGCGUCCGCAAGGUCGACGGCUUCGGCCUCGACACCGAGGUGGUCCUCCGGAAGACGAACACGAAGAGUAACAAACCAACAACUAAAUCAAAAUAGAGGAUAAUUAUGGUUUGUCGCUUCGAGUGAAGGUUUUGUGGAUUAAAGCGGCUCAUCCAUUGCUUUGCCAUUUUGUUCUCGUGAUCUGUUUUCUUUCUUUUAGCUGCUAUAGUCCUGAAAGCACUUGAUUUUUAUCAUCUGUAUCCAAUGAUUCCUGAACCUUUUAUUCCCUGACCGACGUAAGUAAAGUUAUUGCGGAGAGAAGGUUUGCUUCCUCCCCAACACAUUGAAUGGGCGGUCACCCACAGAAAAGAUGACUCAUUAAACCUCGAUGAAUGAAAAGGAGGAUAAAUAGGAGUUUUAGAUAUCUUUCCUUUCAACAUUUGGAAAUAGUAUAUUUGUCACUUCAAAUAUUUGAAUCUUUUACUAUUCAUUCGAUAAAUUCAAGCCAACUGUCGUUAAUCACAAAAAAAAACUCAUUAAUCACAAUUACCAUUAUUUUGAAAAAUAUUAAAAUUUAACUAUAUAUAUUUCUAAUUUUUUCAUUAUGUUCCCAGCCAAUUGGAUUAACUGUAGUAACAUAUUUGUAAGUUUUUGAGUCUUGCAUGAAUGUAUAUACAAGAUACAAAUUUACAGGAAUGAGCAUAUAUAUAUAUAUAUAUAUAUAUAUAUAUAUAUAUAUAUAUAUAUAUAUAUUGGUGCCGUAUUCAAUUGUGUUGUGACUCGCAUCGUUUCUUAUGCAUUCCUUUUCAUUCCUAUUCUCAUAUUUCCUAUGUUCUGCUUGCGAUACCAAUGGUUUCUUGCAAUUAUUUGAAUCA